AAGCAUAUGCGGCUGUCAAAGGGACGAAAAAUUGGCUGCCGCAGAUAAGGGCAAGAGCAAAAGACGGCAAUAGCCUUGGAGUGGUGCUCGGUGUCUUAGCGCUGUUGAGUCGCUUCUUUGGGGCCGGUUUCUGGGCAGCAGCGGCUUUCUGUGCUUUUUUUAUUUGCUCUUUAUCAGAGGCCAAGUCGUCAGCGACAUAUUCUUUGACCACGCCGCAGCCUAGCUCUGACCGGUCGGCGAUGCAUAUCUGCCUCUGGCGUUCCUUGAUUUUGUUGACGGCUUCCUCUGUAUCAAGUGCUUCAAUGCUAUGGAGUGCACUUUGGACGAGAGCAAGGAUCUUUCCACAGUUGUUUAUGUUGCUGCUGGUUCCCUUCUCUCUUGAGAACCGGGACGUCCGCCGGGAGUCUCUACUUUUUGCAAGCAGCUUUGACUGGUUAUGGCAGACUAGAAGACUGUUGGCUUGGAGUCUCUCUUGUUGGGUGAAGCACCCAGAGGCCAGAUAUAUUCACAGACUGAUGAGGUGUUUGAUUACCAUGGCAACACCAAGGCCAGCGUUCCCCCUGGACUUCGCCCUGGAAGCAUUCAGGGAGCAAGAGAACCUCAGACAGUACCUCGUGGAGAUUGGAUUUAGCGGGGCACCAACCAAGGAAAGGUCAUGGAUGUUGUGGAGUGGGUGGAGCAUAUGCUGGAUGAUGAACACACUGAUGACAUCUGCAUGGCAACACACAUCAAGUAAUGACAUCUACUUCGAGGUACACAAGGCAGCUUGACCGGAAUUAUUCAAGACUGUCAAAAAAUGCCGCACAAAAACCUAUUAAAAGAUUUGAUUGGAGGUUGGCAGUUUCAGUCCUUGAAAACUCUGCCCUGAGACUGAAUGGUCUUCAAACAGAUCUCCCUGAUCACAUUACCACAACUGUCCUCUGACUUUUUUGGUACACCAGCUUCAAUGCACUCCUACAUACUUUAUUCCUAAAAUUAAAUUAGUAACAAUGUUUUUUUAAAAGCAUUGGCUUUGACCGUGAAGCUGAAAAUUUUGAAGAAAAAAUCUAAGAAACUUACAUCAAGGAGGGCACUCCCUCAAGAAGAGCUCUUUGAAACUUUCAAACAAAAUUACAUUGUAAAUUUGGGAAAUUUCAAAAUGACACAAGCUAGAAGUAAUAUUUUAAAAGUGUGAUAAUUUUGUGAUUAUUUCCUGUAAUUGGAAGGUGCAUUCUCUGACUAAAUUUUGAGGUAGUUAUGAAAUUCUCUUACAUGAUCAAACCAGAUGACAUUUAAAUUCAGGAUGUUUUCAACCUCAAGCUGUCCUGAAAACUGAAAGCUUUUGUAUUUGCAACGAGAAAUCUCGUGAGGAAUUUUAUGAUCAUUUCUUACCUUCUGUUUACUUUUUAGCAAAUGAUUUGGUAAAGAAAACAAGAAUUACAUUUGCUUCAAAAGGGCUUGCAGUUGUGGAAGAUUUCUAAAGCAAAAUCACGUUCUUUCCAUUUGUGAAUUUCCCCCAUUCAUGUCCAAGUGCUCAGUUUUCAUAAUUUUUGAAUCACUGUUUAAAUUUAUAGAGCCACCUCAUGAUUGUUUCAAUGUUACAAAGUUCAAUGCAGCGUUCAAAAGGUCAGCAGGCAGUACAGUUUGGCUUGUGACUUUUCUAUGAGCAACUUUGCUCCUAUAAACCACUCUCAUUUGCCUACAACUUAUGACAAAGUUUGAAAAAAUAGCACCUUUUGGUGAUGAUGUCAAAAGAGCAGACACUAUACUUUGUUUUCAAGGAAGUGAACUUCAGUACUUAAAGAUUUCUUGUCGUAGUAGUUUUGAGGAUGGAAAUCUGUAAUUUUGGAAAAGGAGCCUUGUGUUCUUGACGGUCAUAAUCUUUGCCCUUUGCUUGAAAGUGUUGCAAGAGUCAGAUGAUUAAUGGAAGGUGUUUAUUUUGAUAUAAUUUAGUUUGUGAAAAUUUUCAAGUAUUCAGUGGAGUUAAAUCUGGUGUCGAGUGCAAUGAAUAAAUUCUCAGUAAUGUCGCUGACUCAAACUGUCAAUUUGUUUCAUUAAA